AAAAUGAAGUUCUCAAUCACAAACCAGUGCAUAAUAUUGUUCAUCUUUCUCAAUCACCCGACACCAAUUCUUCCUUCCAAUGACACCUAUCCCGUAGCCAUGGAUGCUAAGCCAACUCCGUACGCUGCUGGACGGCAGAAAAUGUCGGAGGCACAGUACCAGUGCUAUGACCGAAUGAAACAUCAGCCCCCCUACAAAGGGGAGGGUCCAUAUUGCAACCGCACCUGGGACGGAUGGAUGUGCUGGGAUGACACCCCCGCUGGAGCUGUGGCAUACCAGUUCUGUCCUGACUAUUUUCCAGACUUUGAUCCAGCAGAAAGGGUUACAAAAUACUGUGAUGAAAAUGGAGAUUGGUUCAAGCAUCCUGACGACAACCAAACCUGGUCCAACUAUUCCUUGUGCAAUGCUUUCGUCCCUGAAAACAUGAAUAAUGCAUACGUUCUCUAUUACCUGGCGAUUGUGGGCCACUCUCUGUCCAUCAUCACUUUGGUGAUUUCUCUGGCGAUUUUCAUGUUUUUCAAGAGCCUCAGCUGCCAACGGGUUACCCUGCACAAGAACAUGUUUCUGACCUACAUUCUGAAUUCCAUCAUCAUCAUUGUCCACCUCAUUGAAGUCGUGCCCAGUGGAGAGUUGGUGAAAAAGAACCCGAUAAGCUGCAAGAUUCUGCAUUUCUUUCACCAAUACAUGAUGGCCUGCAACUAUUUCUGGAUGCUCUGUGAAGGGAUCUACCUGCACACCCUCAUCGUGGUGUGUGUGUUCACAGAGGAGCAGCGCUUGAAGUGGUACUACCUUCUGGGCUGGGGAUUCCCGCUAUUGCCAACUACGAUCCAUGCUAUUACUCGGGCGAUCUACUUCAAUGACAACUGCUGGCUGAGUGCCGAGACUCACCUGCUGUACAUCAUCCAUGGCCCUGUCAUGGCAGCCCUGGUGGUGAACUUCUUCUUUCUGCUCAACAUCGUCCGCGUGCUGGUGACCAAGAUGAGGGAGACCCAUGAGCAGGAAUCUCACAUGUACCUGAAGGCUGUGCGGGCUACUCUGAUUCUGGUGCCACUGCUGGGCAUCCAGUUUGUGGUCUUUCCCUGGAGGCCAUCCAACAAGAUUCUUGGAAAGAUCUAUGACUACUUCAUGCAUGCUCUGAUUCAUUUCCAGGGAUUUUUCGUGGCCUCCAUCUAUUGCUUCUCAAACAAUGAGGUUCAAACCACCCUGAAGCGCCAGUGGGGCCAGUUUAAGAUCCAGUGGCAGCAGCGUUGGGGAGGCUUUGGCUUCGGGCGCUCUGCUCCCAACCCUCGCCCCCGGCCUCCUCCUACAGGCCACAUCGCUGUUUACAUCUGCCGCGAGCGGCCGAGAAACAACGAGGAGGGGGGCCUCGCAAACAUCUAUGACGGUGCUGAGAUGGUCUCCCUGAACCUCAUCGAGCGAAGGUUGUCUGCUUAA